UGUGAUCUCGGGCCCCCGCACAGGGGAAGCGAGCUGAGUGUUGAGCAUCGUCUUCCCGGGGAGGGCUGAGUCAGGAUGUUUACCCCUUCUGCCGUCCUGGGGAAGUAGCGUCCACACCGCCGCCAUGCCGUAGACCAUGAAGCCCGACGGGGACUGCGGCAGGGCGGACGCGGGGCGGCUGUAACCGCGGGGGCUGGGGAGGAUGUACUGGGCGGCCGGCUUCGCCUCUUCGCGGCCGUGCGUGGUGGAGCUCGGGCGGAACCACAGCCUGCCCCUCGGGCUGUGCGGCUCCGAGCAGCAGCACUCGCUGUAUGGCUACAUCAUCGCCUUUCCCCUGCAGGACUACGGCGGCAUCAUGUCGAUUCUGGGCUCGGACUCCUGGUGGAAGAAGACCCUGUACAUCACCGGCGGGGCCCUGCUGGCCGCCGCAGCCUACCUGCUGCACGAGCUGCUCGCCAUCAGGAAGGAGCAGGAGUUGGACUCUAAAGACGCCAUCAUCCUCCAUCAGUUCUCCAGGCCAAAGAACGGCGUGCCCAGCCUCUCACCCUUCUGCCUCAAGAUCGAGACGUACCUGCGCAUGGUGGACCUGCCCUAUCAGAACUACUUUGAUGGGAGGCUGUCGCCGCAGGGAAAGAUGCCCUGGAUCGAGUACAACCACGAGCAGGCGUCGGGCUCUGAGUUCAUCGUGGACUUCCUGGAGGAGAAGCUCGGGGUCAACCUGAACAGAAACCUCACCCCGCAGGAGAGGGCCGUGUCCCGAGCCGUCACCAAGAUGGUCGAAGAGCACCUCUACUGGACGAUAGCUUACUGCCAGUGGGUGGACAACCUGGAGGAGACCCAGAAGCUGCUGGCGAUGAGCGGCCCGCUGAGCGACACGCUGAAGUGGCUGCUGAGCCACCUGAACGGCAGCAUGGUGCGCAGGGAGAUGUACGGCCACGGCAUCGGACGCUUCUCCAAGGAGGAGGUGUACGCGCUGAUGGAGAAGGACAUGAGGACGCUGGCCACUCUGCUGGGGGAUAAGAAAUACUUCAUGGGCUCUAAGAUGUCAACGUUAGACGCCACCGUGUUUGGACAUCUGGCUCAGGCCAUGUGGACUCUGCCGGGAACUCGACCAGAACAGCUCAUCAAAGGAGAGCUCAUCAACCUGGCCAUGUUCUGCGAGCGGAUGCGGAGGAAGUUCUGGCCCGAGUGGUUCGUAGAGGUGGAGGACCUGUUCUACGACGGGGACAGCGAGAGCAGCAGCAGCAGCAGGGCGGGCGCCGGCUCCCCCACCGGCCUGCUGGACUUUGGCCUCUUCUCCAGGACUGACACGCUGGACGACAGCGACGGCGGCAGCUGCCACUCCGCCGCGCACACGCACUCGCCCCAGUCCGACCCCUCGCUCUUCGACUCGGACGUGGGCACGGGCUCGGACAAUGACACUCAGCUCAAAGAGGAGUUAAUGCCGGACCUGGAGGUCUGACCCGCGAUUGGCUGAUGGGCUGAGACUGGAGCAGGAACAACCCGUCCGGACAGCUGGAGAAACUCCUCCAGCCGCAUCCUGACACUCUCCUCACGGACAGACCGGGUGUUUAUAUGCAGAUGACUCAAACCGAACCUCAGACUAACACAGACGCUUUGUGUCCCCCUCCCGUGACGUCCGGACUGUCCCCCCCCUCGGCGGUUCCUCUUUGCCUUAUCUGUCUCGCCGGUGUGAGAGAGGUCAACCCGCAAAGGAAAGCGCAACCGUCUCGUGAGACGAGGCGACGGCGGCGGAGGCGCUCUGCGAACGAGACAGGUGGCACUUCGCUUGCUAUGAAAUGAUGCAACUAAUCACCACUCUGCCAUGUGUCACAACGCACAAACCCGCUCAAACAGGUGGAGACUGAUCAUGUGGCUAAAAAGGAACAGCUGCUGUGCCUCUGCUGGUAACCAUCCGUGUGGCGAGGAAGGAAGCGCACAUGACUCCGCGUGUGCCAGCUCGUACCCGAGAUCGAUCCCCAUGUCAAAUUCCUCUGUGUUGAUCUGUGUGGGGAAACUGUGUGGAGAUGUGUUGACCCUCAAUGUGCUCGAGCAGAAACCAGAAGGAAAGAUGAGCAGAUUUGUGCCUGUUUUAUUUACUGGUCAUCAUCUUUUAA